GGGUGGGCUGGAGGCAGUUGACGCGUUGGAGCCGCUGGCGGUCAGGUAGGGGGCGGGAAGGAGGGUCUGGGGACCAAGGACCACCGCUGGAGUCACGGGCCACGGGGAAACCAGGUUUGAGUGGAGUUUUCCAUCUGAAUCACUCUCAGUAUGAACCAUAACGACCAGCUGUGCCCUCCUGGAGGAGAGCAGCCGUGUCCGUCUCUCACCUAGCUUCCGUGCGGCCAGGAUCCUGCACCCACAGGUCACAGAAAUGACUGGGAGGCACGGUUCAGACUGCUUUCAGGUCUGAGGGAGGCUGCCCCCGUGCCUGGUGCUUUACUGAUGGGAACUCACGUUUCCUUGGCAAAGCACGCAGGCUCCGGGGAAGGAGUCCUGGACGUUGUCUCCGCCGCCAAGCCCAGGGAAGGUGCGGGCAGCUGAGAUGACCUCGAGUGUGGAUGUGGGCAGACAGUGUUCGACCUUCUGGAGCAUGACUGGUGAGCUCUUCAGUUCCGGGCUGUGCUAGCGGGACCCUUCUCAGGAAGAGCAAUGGCUGUGGCAGCUGCUUCUCACCUGAACCUGGAUGCCCUCCGGGAAGUGCUGGAAUGCCCCAUCUGCAUGGAGUCCUUCACAGAGGAGCAGCUGCGGCCCAAGCUGCUGCACUGCGGCCAUACCAUAUGCCGCCAGUGCCUGGAGAAGCUGCUGGCCAGCAGCAUCAACGGCGUCCGCUGUCCAUUUUGCAGCAAGAUCACCCGCAUCACCAGCCUGACGCAGCUGACGGACAACCUGACGGUGCUGAAGAUCAUUGACACGGCCGGGCUCAGUGAGGCCGUGGGGCUGCUCUUGUGCCGGUCCUGCGGGCGGCGGUUACCCCGGCAGUUCUGCCGGACCUGUGGCGUGGUGCUGUGUGAGCCCUGCCGGGAGGCAGACCACCAGCCUCCUGGCCACUGCACACUCCCCGUGAAAGAGGCAGCGGAGGAGCGGCGCCGGGACUUUGCCGAGAAGUUGGCCCAUCUGCGUGAACUUGUGGGGGAGCUGCAGCGGCGGAAGGUAGCCUUGGAUGCCGUGUCCAAGGACCUUCAGGCAAGGUACAAAGCCGUCCUCCAGGAGUACGGGCACGAGGAGCGCAGGGUCCAGGAAGAGCUGGCUCGCUCUCGGAAGUUCUUCACAGGCUCUUUGGCCGAGGCUGAGAAAUGCAACAGUCAGGCGGUGGAGGAGCAGAGUUACCUGCUCAACAUUGCGGAGGUGCAGGCUGUGUCGCGCUGUGACUACUUCCUGGCCAAGAUCAAGCAGGCAGAUGUGGCACUGCUGGAGGAGACAGCUGACGAGGAGGAGCCAGAGCUCACUGCCAACCUGCCCCGAGAGCUUACCCUACAGGACGUGGAGCUCCUCAAGGUGGGCCACGUCGGCCCCCUCCAAAUUGGGCAGGCUGUUAAGAAGCCCCGGACAGUCAACAUGGAGGAUUCCUGGGCCAUGGAGGCUGCAGCCUCUGCAGCCUCCACCUCUGUUACAUUUAGAGAGAUGGACGUGAGCCCCGAGGAAGCGGGUGCCAGCCCCAGGGCCUCACCUGCUAAGCAGCGGGGGUCCGAGGCGGCCUCCGGUAUUCAGCAGUGUCUCUUUCUCAAGAAGAUGGGUGCUAAGGGCAGCACUCCAGGCAUGUUCAACCUGCCAGUCAGCCUCUACGUGACCAGUCAAGGUGAGGUGCUGGUGGCCGACCGUGGCAACUACCGUAUACAAGUCUUCACCCGCAAAGGCUUCCUGAAGGAGAUCCGCCGCAGCCCCAGUGGCAUCGAUAGCUUUGUGCUGAGCUUCCUUGGGGCUGAUCUGCCCAAUCUCACUCCUCUCUCGGUGGCCAUGAAUUGCCACGGGCUGAUUGGUGUGACUGACAGCUAUGACAACUCCUUCAAGGUAUACACCUUGGAUGGCCACUGCGUGGCAUGUCACAGGAGCCAGCUGAGCAAACCCUGGGGCAUCACAGCCCUUCCGUCGGGCCAGUUCGUGGUGACUGAUGUGGAAGGUGGGAAGCUCUGGUGCUUCACUGUUGACCGAGGAGCAGGGGUGGUCAAAUUCAGCUGCCUCUGCAGUGCUGUACGCCCCAAAUUUGUCACCUGUGACGCCGAGGGCACCGUCUACUUCACCCAGGGCUUGGGCCUCAAUUUGGAGAAUCGUCAGAAUGAGCACCACCUGGAGGGUGGCUUCUCCAUUGGCUCCGUGAGCUCUGAUGGGCAGCUGGGCCGCCAGAUUAGCCACUUCUUCUCAGAGAACGAGGACUUCCGCUGCAUCGCUGGCAUGUGUGUGGAUGCCCGUGGCGAUCUCAUCGUGGCUGACAGUAGUCGCAAAGAAAUUCUCCACUUUCCUAAGGGUGGGGGCUUUAGCGUCCUUAUUCGAGAGGGGCUCACCUGUCCAGUGGGCAUUGCCCUCACUCCUAAGGGGCAGCUGCUGGUCUUAGACUGUUGGGAUCAUUGCAUCAAGAUUUACACCUACCACCUGAGAAGAUAUUCCACCCCCUAGGGAAUGAGAAAUACAAGUUUCUUCCGUGCCCCAGCCUCCCUUCCCUUAUUCCUCGGUUGCUAAUCAUCAUAGGUGGUAGUACUGUGGAGUAGGCCUGGCCUAUGUCCUCAUUCCAGCUGGCUAGUCCUAGACUUUUAGAAGCUAUUUUAGUUUUUGUUUUUAUUUGCCUUCUCUCCCUCCCCCAAACUUAGAGCUUCAUCAGAUGGAUUGCCUCAAACAGGACCCAUGACGGGGUUAGCUGAAGUCUGAUGAGAACUUAGGUACUUCCAAGGCCUCAGUAGAGAGCCUUUGCCCUGUAGUUGAAAUCUGCCCUUGUAUUGAAUGCACCCUUGUUGACUCUCCUCUCUUUUGGAUAUGAAGGCCCUGGUCCACCAUUUCCCUCCUAUUUCAGUGCAUUUCAUCCGUGACACUUUCUCCUCAACUCUGCUGCACUCAGGGUGCGUGCUCCAGGGGGGUCUGCUCCAGCUCUCUGUGACGCUGCAGACCUCGUAUCCUUGUGGCGUGGGGUCUCGGGUCUGACCACCGUUACCAGUGUCAAAGCUCAUUUGCUUAGUGCCACCAAGGUGUUUCCUGCUGUCUCUGGGUGGUCUCUAAUUGCAGAUGUGACAGAAUGGAUUGACCCUCGUUGGUUGGUGUUGAAGGCCUUAGUCUGGAAGGUGCUUACCCUUUAAAGGAUCAUAUGGAUUGGAGUUACGCCAGAGCGCAGGCAGAAGGGGAUAAACAAUCAGAAAUGCCAAUGCAGUCACAGCAGACACUCUUGGAUAGUCUCUGGAGCUCACCGAUUCUCAUCCCACCUGUCUCCACUGACCUGUGCUGAGCAUUGUCUGUGGGACUGUGGGACAUGGGCCGGCACCAGCAAGGUGGGGAGGGGCCGCGCCUCAUUUCCGUAGUGAAACGGAAUCGUCGGGUCCUUACUCUGUAUUUUCCUCAAGUGAGUGUACAGUACUUUGUUUCUGGUUUUCCGUUCCUCUCUCAAGCAUUAAAUAAUUGAUAACCUGUUUCUUCAUCUCUGGCAUUCGUCUUUUAAUUAAAUAUGGGAUUUGUGAGGUGAGGAGAUGGAUAAAUUGUGCCAUGCUGUUUCGCUUCCAUGUCUGACACUGCAUUCUUUGAGAGUACUAAGGACCUGCCCAGCUGUAAAUUCAGCCCACAGCACCAUUAUUUAAAGAUCUGUCAGAGGGGAGGGGUGUUGAGGGCCGGAUGAAAGAAGAUGAUGGGAUUAAGCAAAACCCCAUAAAUACAUCUGUACACACACACGCACAGAUAUGCAACACAUAGACACAGA